AUGGGUGGCAUGCAAGCGUGCGGUGCCUCCCAAUGGCUCCGUAAAGCGGGUACAGCUGGAGGCGCUUGCUGGAUACGGGACGACGCGAAAGCACAAGUCGAGGCUCUAGGACUACACGGGAUGCCAUCUCCGUGGUCGACUCGGACGCCGAUCCGGGCAGACCAGACAGGCCUGCGAGGACGAGACAGUCGGGACUUGUCGAAGCCUCUUGUUCCAGAAGAUGAUCGGUUCGUGCCUAAAGGGCCAGCGGUCCACAACGCUUCUCCCGAAACGCCCAUGGCAAGCGUCUUCGGCGAGAUUCCAGCAGGGGCCGACCUGCAUGUGGGAAUUGAAGGCUUUUCGUUACCGCCUGUCGCCCCGGCCAAGACAUGGCAGGGCAGGGCAGGGCAGGGCAGGGCCCGGCUGCAAGGCGAGCACUCCCGCCGUGGACCGGCCCUGCGCAGUGCCGAUGCAGAUGCGGAUGCAGAUGCAAGUGCCAGAAUAGCCUGUGGGCUCGCUCGCACCGCUGGCCGAGGCGAUCCCUGGCCCUGCCCUGCCCGUGCCAGUGCCAGUGCCAGUGCCGACCAGAUAACGAAAGCAGCCAUGUGCGGACUAGAGCGACCAACACAUACUGUGCAAUGCACGACUUUUUCUUCUUCUUCUUCUUCUUCUUCUUCUUUUACUACUACUACUACUACUACUACUACUACCACCACAUGGUCGUCUGGCACGUACUAUGCAAGUACCACCUGCAGAACGUGUUUCCCCACGUUUGGCCUGUCCGCGCCCGUCCCGAGGGCCCCACUGCCAUGCUAUGCCAUGCCCUGUCAUAAGCAUGCCCUUGCCGUGCCCUGCCGUGCCAACUCGUCUCCUAAUUUCCUACAUAGCACCAUACUCACAUACACACUAGUAGCCGUCGACGCUUGCUCGCACGGCAUCACCACCACUCAGCCCACCGCUCAGCCUGGCCCCGAGGCGGUGACCAGGCCCUACCUGCUAGCACCAAAGGGGCCCCAACCGGCACGGCGCUGCUCGUUGCCACGUCGAGCUGCCUCUGCCCGUCGCCUAGCACGCGCGCAUCCCGAGCCCUACGAGGCGUUCGCCGCACGUCUCAAGCACAGCUGCCAUGUUUCUGAUACACGCCUUGGCACACCUCCCUUCCCUGCUGCCUUGUUCCCUAUUCCCUCCCUCCCUUCUCGCCUCGUCACUCGUCCCUCGUCACACCCGUCGCCUGUUGCCGCCUGCCGUUGA